CUUAAACAAGAAAUUGCCUCUUUUAAAAGAACAAUUAGCUAAAGCUAAAAGUGAUGUCAAUAACGUAACUUCAUCUUCACAUCGUUCAACAGAAGGUGAAUCCUUGAUGCCAGCAGGCAUCACAACGCUUAAACCUCCAUCAAAACCAAGACCUCGUCGACAUAGUUCAUCCGAAUCAUGGAGAGGACGUGUAUUUGGAGAUAAAGAACCUGAAGAACAG